CACAUGAUGGCGUCAGAGGAGAUUGAUCUAAAUGAUUACUUUGCUGAGAUGGACAGAGUUGACUCCGUGGUGGGAGGGGCUUCAGAGUCAGAAUGUACCUACAAUAAAGGCUACCUCCCCCGACAGGCUGUGUACAGUUGUCUAGACUGCACUACCCCAGCUUCAGGGGUCCAGGCAGGCUUCUGUCACGCCUGCUGCAUGAACUGUCACAAGACACACAAUGUAGAGGAGAUCUACACUAAGCGAAACUUCAGAUGUGACUGUGGCACUCUUCCUCAGCUCUUAUGCUCCCUAAAAACUGACAUCGACAUCAGAAACAGCGCCAACACGUACUCCCAGAACUACAGCGGUCUGUACUGCCAGUGUUCCCGACCCUACCCGGACGAGGACCGGCCCGAGAUGGAUACAGUGGAGAUGAUGCAGUGUUUUGUGUGUGAGGACUGGUUCCACUCCACCCAUCUUAACACUGUGGUACCGGAAAGGUAUGAGGAGAUGGCUUGUGUGGAAUGUGCCGGGAAACAUUCCUUUCUCUCUGUUUAUGCUAUAGGUGAGGUAGAGAAUGUGGACGUUGACGUUGUCGAGGUUUCCGCUGUUAAGGAUGAGAGUGUUGCUGAGUGCAAGGAAGUGAAGGCUCAUGUUGAAACGGUGAAGUCUGAUUUGCUUACCAGUACAGACUCUGAUAAGAAACAAUCUGACAACUCAACUUCCCUGGAGAAAUCAAGUAGUGAAACAAAGGACACUAAAUCAGAGGAAAGUGACGGGAAACUUGGUGAUCUUAAAAGACCUUCACAUGAGAGUGCAGUUUGUGAGCCAUCUUCAAAAAGGAAGAAAACAAGUUUAAACACUUGUAAGCUUGCAUUUGAUUCAGCUUCUGGACCAAUCACCAGGGCCCUAUUCUUUGACGACCAGUUCAGACACACAAUAUGUAAAUGCCAAUCAUGUUUAGAUCUUUACAAGGAACAGAAAAUCUCUUUUGUGUCAGAUCCAGUCGAUUCACUAAAUGAUUACGAGGAGAAGGCGCAAGCGCGGCGGCAGCUAGAGGAGGAGGAAUUAGAAAAGACACUGGAGGGACUGCCUCACCAAGCCAAAUGUGAUGUAGCUAGAGCUAUAGGCUCUCUCAAAGGCACCUUACAGGGCCUUAUCAGUAAGUUUGUUAAGGAAGGUAAGGAGUCACUUGGUAGAGAGGAGAUUGUGGAGGCUUUUAAAACUAUGGCUGCUGAAACUAACACAGUGGAUCCUAGUAUAUUUGAUAAUAUUGGAAAGUGAAUUUCAGAGAGAACAUUAUUUUUCUUAAUUGUCUAUAAUAUAAUUUUUACCAAUCACAUAAGUUGUGGCCUGGAAAGUUUGACUGUUUGGCGGUAGCCAAAUUUUAUUAUGAUGAAUAGCUUAAUACGAAAUACAAAAGAAUGUUCGUUUUGUGAAUUUGAAUAAAUUUCAAGAAUUCCAUUUUAUUUUUGAUACUCACGAUAACAGAUCAUGUUACAACGAACCGUUUCAAAUUGACAUAAUAUUUGUAUCUAAAGUGCAAGUGUUUAAACUGGAAAUGUAUUACAAAUCUCUAAGUUUAUCCACAGAAUUCUGCAGAAUUCUAUUUUUCAUACCUGCUUCAGUAUGACCAGGAA